AUGGCCAGGCACAGAGCUGUAGGGAUGGCUGGGCGCACGCGAUCGACUGGAAAGGUUAAGGCCGCCCAGCUCUGGGGCAAGAACAAGGAUGACUUGAAGAAGCAGCUCGACGAGCUGAAGCAAGAGUUGGUGCAAUUGAGGACACAAAAGAUCGCCGGUGGCGCGCAGUCAAAGUUGAACAAAAUUCACGACGUCCGCAAGUCCAUCGCCCGAGUUCUUACCAUCAUCAACGCGAACCAGCGAGCUCAGCUUCGCCUUUUCUACAAGGGUAAGAAGUACACACCUCUCGACCUCCGCCCCAAGCAGACUCGUGCCAUCCGUCGCCGAUUAAGCCCCGAGGAGGCCAAGAUCGUCUCCGCGAAGCAACAGAAGCGACAGAGGCAUUUCCCUCAACGCAACUACGCGAUCAAGGUAUGA